AGGAUCCAAAAUUAUACUUUUUUAUUUCCAAUACUUGACAAUUUAGGCAUAAACAAUACAUAUGGUACAGUACAAUAGGGAAAAUAGAAUAAAGAUGCUCCUCCCCUUUGAUCUGAAAACAACGCGCUCUGUGUAGCAGGUAGAAAGUCACAGUGACACGAUGCUGCUACCAAAUUAAGUGAUUAUGCAACGCUUGCUAUGGCACACUGGCCUUGGCCAUGUUGUAGGGAGGGGAGGAGCGGGGUCCUAAAAGAGUUCGCUGCCUCUCACGUUUCAUCACUUGAGCGCUCGAUUACCCCGUCUCGGUCCUAGGACGCAUUUUAGGCGCGUGGAUGCAUACUUGCUAUCACUGACUACCUUUUCUUAUUGCUUUUAUCGCAUUUGCCGUGGUUUCCGGACGAGCAGGAGCCAAAAAGGUGAAAUAAGUGCGGGUUUCGCGAUGGGAGCACAGACCUCAGCGCAUCCGGACGGGAAGAGCCAAGAGGAUGCUUCAGCCGAGAAUCUGAGAUCAGCGGUGAACGCGAUUUUGGAGGUAGAUAGCGUCGUCGAAUCCAAGUUCCAGCAGAAGAAUGGACAGAUCUCCAUCACCAGUCUGAAUGGGAAGGCAGAUGAACAGACUCAGCUCAAUGACCACUCAGAGGACAACACCCUAGCAGAGGAAGUUGAUGGCGUGUCCGUGUCUCGGAAGGAGGAGGUUCUUGAGACGAUGGACUCCCUCCAGGCUGUGGUGGCCUCUCAGGUUAACAGAGAGGAGGAGGAGAAUGAGUCUUCUGAUGCCAACAACAUCACCAGGCCUGAAGAGAAGGUUGUUGAGGAGAAACCGGGCGAGGCCAAUGAGGUGGGCUUCAAGAAGAUCUUCAAUUUCAUCGGCUUCAAGUUCACUCUGAAGAAGGACAAGAAUGAGAAGACUGACACGGUGCAGAUGCUGAAGUUGAUGGACAAGGAAGUGGAAGGAGGGACUAAGGGGUCUGAGGAAACUAAGGACGAAGCCGCCACUGCAGAGGAGGGGAAGGCAGCGGAGCCAGAUACCGCCACUGUUGAGGCUGACUUCUCUGAAACCACAACUGAGGCUGCAACUCCAGUGGAUUCCCCAUCUCAGACUGUGGAUGGAGAGGCUGCAGAAAAAGAGCCCUCGGACCCAGCUGCAGCUGCAACUACCCCACAUGGCCAGGAGGCCCCCCUGUCCCCCUUCAGAAGGUUCUUUACACAGGGAAUCUUCUCCAAUCAGCAUAAGAAGGCAAGUAUCAAAAGUGCCAAAGAGAAGGAACCAAAAGAGAAAGCUGCUGAGGAGAUGAUAAAGGAGGGAGAGGAGAAAGCAGAGGCUGGGGUGGAGGAGGAGGGAGAGAAAGCAAAGGAAGGGGUGAAGGAGGUGGAGCCAGUGACAACACCAGAAACUGAAACACCUGAAGUAUCUGAGGAAGAGAUCAAAGAGGAGAUCCAAGCCGAAUUUGCCAUGGAAACCUUAGAAGCUGCUGUUACUGAUGACGCCAAACAAGCGGAGGAGAAUGUUGAUGAAGCUGUGGAAUCAGACAAGGCCCCAGUUGAGGUCACCACCGAGGCUGAGCUUUUCUCAUCUCAGAAGAAAGUCAAAGCCCAGGGUAGCCCACUUAAAAAGCUGUUUACUGGGGCUGGCCUGAAGAAGCUCUCUACCAAGAAACAGAAGAAAGACAAGAAAGAUACGGAGACCAAGCUGACCAAGUCUGGGGAACAGGCGGCUGAACAGCUCCAGUCCUCUACAGAGUCGGCAGACAUCCAGAAACCUGACAGUGGGGCAUCAUCUCCAGAGGAGUCUUGUGAACAUGCCAUCGGGGUGGAAGCCAUCCAAGCUGAGGCCAGCCAAGAGGCUGAUGAGGAGGUAACAAGCUCAGACGAAGGGAAGAAGAAAGAAGGUAUAAUACCCUGGUCCUCCUUCAAGAAGCUGGUGACACCCAAGAAACGAGUCAAGAGGCCCUCUGAGAGCGAGGACGAGGCAACUGUUGAGAAGGCCAUGUCAGCCACCCUGUUCUCCACUGACAGUGCCGUGUUUGUGGAGAAAAAGAAAGAGGCGCUGGGACUCCCUGAAGAGGAGCCAAAAGCCGAAACCACAGAGGACCUGGAGGGCACCACAGAGGACCCCAAAAAGAUGAAGAUGGACACCUCACUCUCCUGGGAGGCCCUGAUGUGUAUGGGCGGAAACAAGAAGAGGACCAGGAAGACCUCUGACUCUGAAGAUGAGACCAAAAUCGAAGAGGAGGCACCACCAACUGGGGAAGAGCAGGUUAAGACAGCAGUCUCUCCUUUUGGCAGCUCUGGAGAGGCAGAUCAGGAAAACACAGUGUCAUCCCCCGAACCAUCCACUAGUCCCGCCGCAGGAGACUCCACAUGGGAUACUCUCAAGCGUCUUGUCACCCAUAGAAAGAAGCCCAAAAACAAGGAGAGGACAGAUGAAUCUGGUGGCGAACAGGUAAUCUCAGACAGUGAAAUUCCCAAAGAAGAUUCCUCCUUCUCUCUGAGGAAACUCAUUCCUGGACGCAGAAAGAAGAAGCUGCUUUCCUCCAAUCUGGGGUCUGGUGAGGAAGAUUCCGACACACCAGCCGUGGUCCCUCUCUCAGAGUACGACAAUGAGCACGCCGAGAGUAAAGAAGAGGCUGAAGCCGAAAUGACAGUAGAGACAAAGGACUCUGAGGAAGCAGCACCAAUCACUCAGGUCCAAUUGUCCAUUAAAGAGAGAUCCCCCUCUUGGAUCACAGCCACGGCUGUUUUGGAAAACCUCCAGGAGAUCCCACAUGAUCAGCUGAGUGACAUCCCAGAAGAGGGUGCCGCCACCCCCAAAUCUGCUGACACCACCAUCGCAGAGGACAUUGCAGAACAGACCUUAGAGGCAGUCCCAUGCCAAGAGCAGGAACCUGAGUUGUCUGUUGCCGAGGUGACUGCAAAUUCUGAUGCCAAGAACAUUUUAGAGCAGAUCCCAGAAACAGUAACUUGCCAGGAGCCUGAGCUGUCUGUUUUUGAGGUAACUGAAGAGAUGAUCCCGGCCACGUAUGGCGAAACCACCCCUCUGCACAAUGAGCCUGAGACAGAGUCUUUGGAGGUCCCGCAGGAGGCUGUGGAGCUGCUCAGUGAUCUUCCAAGCCUGACUUCUAUGGAAAUCAUAGAGAUCCAACUGGAGGAGGCUGCUUCCCUCCCAGAACCCACACCGCGGAUCAAGUUCACCGAAACCAAAUCAAAGGUUGUCUUGAUGGUGCAUGAAGAAAUCGAGGGUUCUGCCAUCUGCACUGACCUGGGCACCAAGGAGAUCACCAAGGUGGCAGUGGAGAAGCUUGUAAUUCCCACCAUGGAAUGUCUACCUGAGAUCAGCAAUGGUCUGUCCGCUGAGAUGCCGGUAGAAGAUAAGGCUGAUCCUGAUAUAGCCACUGAGGGUAAAGAGCAUGAAGAUGAAAAGGUCACCACGAUCAAUAAUAUCAAGAUGGAGGUUGAAAUUGUUGAGGCCCCUGCGGUUAAUGAGAAUAUCGUGGACCCCAUUGUACCAACUGUUGAAGACUCCAUUGCCGCUAACAUUGUGGAUGGUUCUGAGGCACCUGUCAUUGAGGUCAAAAGUAAAGAAGAGAUGGCCGCUGUCGAAGAGAUUGCUGCUGUAGAGGAGGUGAAUGAGCUUGCUGCCCAAGAAAUGGUCACUUCACUAACUGAUGCCAACCAGCCCACAGUAACUGAAGUGUGCGAGGCAGCCAUUGUUGCUCCUGCUUUCGAGUUUGCCAUUGUAAAGAAGACCACGUACCUCGUCUGCCCACUGUCCGAGUCCUUGGAAACCCAGCAAGUGGAGGUCACAGAGGCUGUGGCAGUGGAAAAGCUCUCAGUGGCAGUUGCAGAGCCCGCUGGCGAUGACCAAAUUCAAGUGCAGGUGACUGAGGUUGGCAUUACAGAGGCUGAAGAGACAAAGGAGUCAGAGGCCAUGGAGGAGACGGGCUUGGUCAUCCCUCAGGUGGUUAUCCAGAUUGCUGUGAAGAAAGUGUCUGAAGCAGAGUUUGAACCCAAAGCGCCGGCCUCUGCCACUGCUACCAUCACAACUGAAGAUGCACUACCAGUCCAGGCGGUAGCAACGAUAGAGAAAGAGAUUGAACUAGUAGCAGAGGAGAAACAUUUCAUUGCUGAAACACCUGUAGUCCAAGUUGAGGAACCAGCACCAGAAACCCCAGGAGAGGUGUCUACUACUCCAGAGGCACCAGCCGAGGCUGAAAAACCACCAAAGGAAGUCCACGAGGCUGUCCAGGUCAUUGAGACCAUUCCAGUCACAAUUGAAAUCACAAAGAGUAUCAUGGAAGAGGUUACCAAGGGGGUGGAGUAUGUUCUCAAAGAGGAAGUAGAGGAAAUUAAACAUGAAGUCGAAUUAAAGCAAGCAAUGGAGGUCAAUGUAAGUGUGGAGAAAGUUGUAGAGGUUGAAGUUGUAACAGAGGUGGAACAGACAGAGAGUGAGACAGAUGGAAUGGCAGAGGAGGAGAUCAAAGAGGUAGAUGGCAACAUUGAGGCAUUAGAGGUUCAGGAAGUUCCACAAUCUGAGGUAGAGGAAGUAGUUAAGGAAUUCCAACUUGAGGUUCAGGAAGUGAUAGCAGAGGUUCCCACUCCAGAGACAGCUGAAGAGAAGUCAGAAGCAACGAUUGUGACAGAAGAGACCCCAGUCCCAGAUGCCCCCACAGAGACUGCUGAAGCCCCAGCCCAGCCAGAGGGGACAACUGCAGAGGUCGUAGUCCUGCAGACCACACAGGUGGUCAUACAGGCAACAGAGAUCAUUGAAGAGGCAGAGGAGGAAAUCAUGGUGGAGGUGGUAGAAAAAGAUGCCAUUGUAAGCUCACCAGAGACAAAGGAAGCUCCGGCCAAAGAAGAUACAACAGACCCUGAACAAACGCCAGACACCCCCACUCCUGAACCUACACCAGAUACCCCCGCCCCUGCUCCCGAUGUUGUCGAAACAAACAUGAAAUACGACAGUGCCGCAGUUCAGGGACAGGUAUCGGAUGACCCCCAGACAGCACUUGAAGAGCAUCAAAUGUAUGUUUCAAUAGAGGCUGUGGCUGCCAUCCAAGAUGCCCCCGUUAACAGCAUGGAAGAGGAGGUUGCUGUUGCCAUGGCUGUGACAGUUGCCAGCCCAGCGAAGGCAGCGGCAGAGAAGGCGACAUCGGUGAAGUGUGCGGAGGUGAUGGUGCAGGUGAUUGAGGAGGUGGUGAAGGAGAUCAAACCUGUCUCCUAAGAGCUUACAGCAGCAUCGUGAGCAGCUGUAGAUGCAAGAUGGUUGACUGGAAGACCGACUGUCCUGACCAGGAAGGGAGUGAUAGUGAAAAAGGGAGCGAGAGAAUGCUCUAUGGAGAAACACACUGAGACUCAGCUCCAACCCACCCUGCCCAGAGUGACUGAGCGACAACUUCACCCCUCUCCUUCCCCCCUGCCCCCUUCACCCCCUGUCCUGCAGCACCAGCCCCUUCACACAGAGGUGACCCCUCCCCACCCCUGGGGUGAAGCAUCAAUCCCCCUAAACACACACAAAGCCACUUUCCUCGUCCCACACAUCUGAAGCUUCCCACCUGGCUGAUUAUCAAUGUGAUGUACGCUUCCUGUCUUGAUGAGCUUCCAUCGCCCUUGCUGCAACUCGGGAGUAUGCUGUCCCAUGGAGAGUGUGGUGUGUGUCUGUGUGUGUGUGUGUGUGUGUGUGUGUGUGUGUGUGUGUGUGUGUGUGUGUGUGUGUGUGUGUGUGUGUGUGUGUGUGUGUGUGUAAAGUGAGUUCGAGAAAGUGUGUGUGUGUGGUCUUAGAGUUGAAGGAUUAUUAUCUUGUUUAUUGUAUUUAUAUUUCGUGAGUAUUUUCUCAUUCUCCCCAUCCUUUAUCUUUUCUAUUUCUGAUUGUAUAGAUUAUGUGCCCUAUUUUCUCAUAUAUAUGUAAGACAAAUUCUACCUUAACAAUGGUACAGAUGUGAUUUCAAUGGCAUGGUCCGGUAUCAUUGACUGCAAAGGAUGACUUAAUGUGAAUAGACAGGGCGUGAGGUGAAAGCCUAUAGAAGUGCAACAAUCUUAAACUUUAACCUUUGACAUUGUACUUACCUUCAGCCUGACAAUAUAUUGUCUGCUCCUACUGUAGAUAAAACAUACUUCACUGUCUGACUGACUGUGAAAAAAGUAUUGUUACUUUCUGAAAUAUAUGGUGUGUAGAAAUACAAUAAAACACUAAUACACUGCAA